GACCCCUGCCUUAGAACGUGUCUCUGCUGACCUCUGCCUUAGAACAUGUCUCUGCUGACCCCUGCCUUAGAACAUGUCUCUGCUGACUCCUGCCUUAGAACAUGUCUCUGGGUGAAAUGACCUUAUGUGUGGCAGUGCAGUGCGCGUGUUUUCCAGCAGAGGGCGCCCUCGGCCCGGAUGUUUUGUUGGGACAACUUCCCAGUGGAAUAAAAACGAAAAUAAACGUCGGACGGAAACAUUUUUUUCGGAUCGGAUUAGACUUUUACGUCACUCCGCGCCUUUUUGGGUGUUUUUGCUGCCAAAAAACAACAACAUUGGAGCGGGGGUUAUCGGCGUAAAUCACGUCGAUUGUGUGGCAAAAAGUUCGGCGUGCGGCUUUAAAGGCUGCAGCCCCGCCCAUGCGCGCCAUCACAUGAACGUGCGAGUGGACGCGCACACGCAAAGCUCGCGGCUGGGAUUUGUCCCGACGACGUCCCGUCCCGAGUGGAUUCUUUUUUUUUUUUUUUUUUUUUUUUUCCUCCUCCGUCGGACGCGAGUCGGGAUUAGUCGGUGCCGUGAAGAGGAGACGGCGGGCGGACAGUCUGCGUGGAGUUGCACAUUUCAGGCGAAGGUUACCGCGGGGGCCACAUGGACGCCCACCGCGGCGCUCCCCCGGCCGGCCAGCAGGUGGUGCAUGUGCGCGGGGACUCCCAGACGGAGCUGGAGGCCCUCUUCAGCGCCGUCAUGAACCCCAGCAAGGCCGCCCAGCAGCCCGCCUCCCUGCCCAUGAGGAAGAAGCUGCCGGACUCCUUCUUCCGCCAGCCCGACCCCCGGACGCACUCCAGACAAGCCAGCUCGGACGGAGGAGCGUGCGCCUCCCUCACGCCUCACCACGUCCGCGCCCAUUCCUCGCCGGCCUCGCUGCCCGUCAACAUGCCCGACGCGGUGGUGGUGGCGGCGGCGGCGGCCCAGCCCAUCGUGCCCGACGACAUGCCCCUCCCCCACGGCUGGGAGAUGGCCAAGACGCCGACUGGCCAGCGCUACUUCCUCAACCACCUGGACAAGACCACCACCUGGCACGACCCCCGGCUGGCUCAGCUGCAGUCGGCCGCCCCGCCGCCCCCGGGCCCCGCCCCCGUCCACGCCCACUCCCUCAGCCACCCGGCGACUGCCUCCACGCCGCAAAGCAUCAAUCUGGACGCAGCCCAGAAGAUGAACCAGAGCAUCCUCAGCCUGGCUUUGCAGCAACGUCAGGACAAGGAGCGACUCCAACGAUGCAAGCAACAGAUGCAACCUUCGCAGGACACGGGCGGAAGGAACCAGAUGGUGGGAGGUAUCGAUCAUGACCGAAAUUCCCUCAUCCCGUCCGUGGAAGCGAGGAUGCGGGCGCCGCAACACGAACCCACGCUCAACGGCGCUCACUCUCGCAACGAGAGCACCGACAGCGGCCUGAGUGUCAGCAGCCUGCCGCGCACCGCCGACCGCAUGCUGAGCUCCGUGGACCACAUGGACACUGGUGAACCUGGCGAGCCGUCUUCCCUGACCUUACAGGACACGUUGCCCGCCAUGACCGAAGGCGAGGAACUGAUGCCUAGCAUCCCCGAGGGUCUUAGUUCAGACCUCCUGAUGGACAUGGAGACGGUCCUGUCCGGGUCUCACAUGGACAGGGACAGCCUGCUCACCUGGCUAUAGACCCCCACCCGAGCACAGUCCCGCCUGCCCGGCUCGUCUUAGAGAACACUUAUCGGGACUUCUUUGGAUUUUGAGACGCUAGACCCGGAAGACUCACCUGAAAUAACCCUGCCGCAGGUGGUAAGCUGCUAGAAUUCUCCUUUUUUUUUUUUUUUUCUUCCUGGGAGCUCCUUUUUGAAGCGUUUUCAGGACUUCCUUGUAAUCGUCACCCAGCAGGGGGCGCCGCUUCACUUUCACUGCACAUUUUCAUGGUAACUUAGAAGCGCGAGCUACGUUCCAAGAAACACAUUUAAGGACAAAUUGAAGGUGGUCACAUGUUACGAGCGAGCCUAAAAACAGUAUUAUUACUGGAGUAUUACAAACGUCAAAAACAAGUCCAGUGCCCAAAAAAAAAGCUAGCGUGUUUUCCCAAGUGUGCUCAAAUUGAAGUGAAGGUUAAAAAAAAAAAAGAAAAGCUUUAUUUUCAAUUUUUUUAUGCUUUUUACCAAGAAAAAUAUGUUCAUUAUUGGGGAUUGCGGUGGUGUGGAAGUGUACUGCAUCGUACUUUUUACUGUUUUCAUUAGGGGUGCACGAAAAAAAUCAGUUUGCAUCUGAAUCGCGAUUGUUAUUCAACCCAGUUCUGAAUCGAUAAUAAUAAUAAUAAUAGAUUUUAUUUGUAAAAAGCACUUUACAUUGAGUAAACAACCUCUAAGUGCUAUGGUGUAUUAAAAAAAUACAAAUAAAAAGAUAAUAAAAAUAAAAACUACAACAGCCUAAUAGCUAGAACUAGUAUGCAUAUAUCUAAAAAAAAAAAAAAAAAAGCAUUCACAGUCUGUGGUGCCCUCAGGUGGUCAGGGAGAGCGUUCCACAGAACAGAAAGCCCGGUCUCCCAUUGUUCGUAGCUUUUUCCUCUGAGGUUGGAGGAAGUUAGCUUGUCCGGAGCGGAGGUGUCGUGUGGAGGUUUUGGGGGUGAGUACUUUUUUGAGGUAGAGGGGGGCAUUUCCAUGGAUGCACUGGUGGGUUAGGAGGGAGACUUUGAAUUCAAUCCCGAGUGGAACAGGAAGCCAGUGAAGGGAAUUUGAGAAUCGGUGUGAUAUGGUCGUAUUUCCGUCCUCUCAUCAGGAUCCUCGCAGCACUAUUCCGUAUCGAUUCAUAACUCUUAAAAAAUUAUAAUUUGAAUUAUUAUUUUAUAAAAAUCUAUUUUUAGGCCAUCUCCAAGCAACCAGAAGGAGCUUUUUCUAUUAUUACACCCAGUUAUGGAUUGCGAGAAUCGGUUCUAAUCGUGAACCAAAAUCUGAAUCGAAUCGGAACCGGGUUGAAUCGUUAGGCGACCAAAGAGUCACACACCUAGUUUCACUCUUGUCCGAAUGUUAGAAACACACUUGGACACGACUUUAAGUUAAAAUAAUGCAUAUAUUUGUGAAGAAUUUGAUGGAAGUUGUGUUGUUUUCAUUGCAUUUUUUUAUUGUGUGGUUUUAUCGGUAACACAAGAACCCGAGACAAUGUUUUAUAUUCUUGCCGUGUUACAAAUAUCGAAUAUUACCAAGAUUUUUUUUAGCUUUUGAUUGGAAUUGAUUGACACUUCUGCAAUUUGUUUUGUGCAACUUCCGCAAUGCACUGAGUUGUGUAACGUUAGUAAACCGCAACUUAUUUUUCCUCUGGCUAUUGAGUUGAUAGCUCGGGCUUUUAGCUCGAUAGUCAGCACGUUCGCCUUUCUUGCCAGAGCAGUGAGAGAAAAAAACGCGAUACAACCGAGAGAAAGAGAGGGAGAGAGAGUACAAAGUAAGAUUGCAGUGGUGCCGUGACCCGGAUUGACUUCAGGUUUAUCGCCCGGGCUUUUAGCUCGUUAGUCAGCACGUUCGCCUUUCUUGCCAGCGCAGUGAGAGAAAAAAACGCGAUACAACCGAGAGAAAGAGAGGGAGAGAGAAUAGAAAGUGAGAUUGCAGUGGUGCCGUGACCCGGAUUGACUUCAAGUUUAUCGCCCGGGCUUUUAGCUCGUUAGUCAGCACGUUCGCCUUUCUUGCCAGAGCAGUGAGAGAAAAAAACGCGAUACAAGCGGGAGAAAGAGAGGGAGAGAGAGUACAAAGUGAGAUUGCAGUGGUGCCGUGACCCGGAUUGACUUCAAGUUUAUCGCCCGGGCUUUUAGCUCGUUAGUCAGCACGUUUGCCUUUCUUGCCAGAGCAGUGAGAGAAAAAAACGCAAUACAAGCGGGAGAAAGAGAGGGAGAGAGAGUAGAAAGUGAGAUUGCAGUGGUGCCGUGACCCGGAUUGACUUCAAGUUUAUCGCCCGGGCUUUUAGCUCGUUAGUCAGCACGUUCGCCUUCCUUGCCAGAGCAGUGAGAGAGAAAAACGCGAUACAACCGGGAGAAAGAGAGGGAGGGAGAGUACAAAGUGAGAUUGCAGUGGUGCCGUGACCCGGAUUGACUUCAAGUUUAUCGCCCGGGCUUUUAGCUCGUUAGUCAGCACGUUCGCCUUUCUUGCCAGAGCAGUGAGAGAAAAAAACGCGAUACAACCGAGAGAAAGAGAGGGAGAGGGAGUAGAAAGUGAGAUUGCAGUGGUGCCGUGACCCGGAUUGACUUCAAGUUUAUCGCCCGGGCUUUUAGCUCGUUAGUCAGCACGUUCGCCUUUCUUGCCAGAGCAGUGAGGAAAAAAAAACGCGAUACAAGCGGGAGAAAGAGAGGGAGAGAGAGUACAAAGUGAGAUUGCAGUGGUGCCGUGACCCGGAUUGACUUCAAGUUUAUCGCCCGGGCUUUUAGCUCGUUAGUCAGCAUGUUCGCCUUUCUUGCCAGAGCAGUGAGAGAAAAAAACGCGAUACAACCGGGAGAAAGAGGGGGAGAGAGAGUACAAAGUAAGAUUGCAGUGGUGCCGUGACCCGGAUUGACUACAAGUUUAUCGCCCGGGCUUUUAGCUCGUUAGUCAGCACGUUCGCCUUUCUUGCCAGAGCAGUGAGAGAAAAAAACGCGAUACAAGCGGGAGAAAGAGAGGGAAAGGGAGUACAAAGUGAGAUUGCAGUGGUGCCGUGACCCGGAUUGACUUCAAGUUUAUCGCCCGGGCUUUUAGCUCGUUAGUCAGCACGUUCGCCUUUCUUGCCAGAGCAGUGAGAGAAAAAAACGCGAUACAACCGGGAGAAAGAGAGGGAGAGAGAGUACAAAGUGAGAUUGCAGUGGUGCCGUGACCCGGAUUGACUUCAAGUUUAUCGCCCGGGCUUUUAGCUCGUUAGUCAGCACGUUCGCCUUUCUUGCCAGAGCAGUGAGAGAGAAAAACGCGAUACAACCGGGAGAAAGAGAGGGAGAGAGAGUACAAAGUGAGAUUGCAGUGGUGCCGUGACCCGGACUGACUUCAAGUUUAUCGCCCGGGCUUUUAGCUCGUUAGUCAGCACGUUCGCCUUCCUUGCCAGAGCAGUGAGAGAGAAAAACGCGAUACAACCGGGAGAAAGAGAGGGAGAGAGAGUACAAAGUGAGAUUGCAGUGGUGCCGUGACCCGGAUUGACUUCAAGUUUAUCGCCCGGGCUUUUAGCUCGUUAGUCAGCACGUUCGCCUUCCUUGCCCGAGCAGUGAGAGAGAAAAACGCGAUACAACCGGGAGAAAGAGAGGGAGAGAGAGUACAAAGUGAGAUUGCAGUGGUGCUGUGACCCGGAUUGACUUCAAGUUUAUCGCCCGGGCUUUUAACUCGUUAGUCAGCACGUUCGCCUUUCUUGCCAGAGCAGUGAGAGAAAAAAACGCGAUACAACCGAGAGAAAGAGAGGGAGAGAGAGUAGAAAGUGAGAUUGCAGUGGUGCCGUGACCCGGAUUGACUUCAAGUUUAUCGCCCGGGCUUUUAGCUCGUUAGUCAGCACGUUCGCCUUCCUUGCCAGAGCAGUGAGAGAAAAAAACGCGAUACAACCGAGAGAAAGAGAGGGAGAGAGAGUACAAAGUAAGAUUGCAGUGGUGCCGUGACCCGGAUUGACUACAAGUUUAUCGCCCGGGCUUUUAGCUCGUUAGUCAGCAUGUUUGCCUUUCUUGCCAGAGCGGUGAAAGAAAAAAACGCGAUACAACCGGGAGAAAGAGAGGGAGAGAGAGUACAAAGUGAGAUUGCAGUGGUGCCGUGACCCGGAUUGACUUCAAGUUUAUUGCCCGGGCUUUUAGCUCGUUAGUCAGCACGUUCGCCUUUCUUGCCAGAGCAGUGAGAGAAAAAAACGCGAUACAACCGGGAGAAAGAGAGGGAGAGAGAGUACAAAGUGAGAUUGCAGUGGUGCCGUGACCCGGAUUGACUUCAAGUUUAUCGCCCGGGCUUUUAGCUCGUUAGUCAGCACGUUCGCCUUUCUUGUCAGAGCAGUGAGAGAAAAAAAUGCGAUACAAGCGGGAGAAAGAGAGGGAGAGAGAGUACAAAGUGAGAUUGCAGUGGUGCCGUGACCCGGAUUGACUUCAAGUUUAUCGCCCGGGCUUUUAGCUCGUUAGUCAGCACGUUCGCCUUUCUUGCCAGAGCAGUGAGAGAAAAAAACGCGAUACAACCGGGAGAAAGAGUACAAAGUGAGAUUGCAGUGGUGCCGUGACCCGGAUUGACUUCAAUUUUAUCGCCCGGGCUUUUAGCUCGUUAGUCAGCACGUUCGCCUUUCUUGCCAGAGCAGUGAGAGAAAAAAACGCGAUACAAGCGGGAGAAAGAGAGGGAGAGAGAGUACAAAGUGAGAUUGCAGCGGUGCCGUGACCCGGAUUGACAUCAAGUUUAUCGCCCAGGCAUUUAGCUCGUUAGUCAGCACGUUCGCCUUUCUUGCCAGAGCAGUGAGAGAAAAAAACGCGAUACAAGCGGGAGAAAGAGAGGGAGAGGGAGUACAAAGUGAGAUUGCAGUGGUGCCGUGACCCGGAUUGACUUCAAGUUUAUCGCCCGGGCUUUUAGCUCGUUAGUCAGCACAUUCGCCUUUCUUGCCAGAGCAGUGAGAGAAAAAAAACGCGAUACAAGCGGGAGAAAGAGAGGGAGAGAGAGUACAAAGUGAGAUUGCAGUGGUGCCGUGACCCGGAUUGACUUCAAGUUUAUCGCCCGGGCUUUUAGCUCGUUAGUCAGCACGUUCGCCUUUCUUGCCAGAGCAGUGAGAGAAAAAAACGCGAUACAAGCGGGAGAAAGAGAGGGAGAGAGAGUACAAAGUGAGAUUGCAGUGGUGCCGUGACCCGGAUUGACUUCAAGUUUAUCGCCCGGGCUUUUAGCUCGUUAGUCAGUACGUUCGCCUUUCUUGCCAGAGCAGUGAGAGAAAAAAAACGGGAUACAACCGGGAGAAAGAGAGGGAGAGAGAGUACAAAGUGAGAUUGCAGUGGUGCCGUGACCCGGAUUGACUUCAAGUUUAUCGCCCGGGCUUUUAGGUCGUUAGUCAGCACGUUCGCCUCUCUUGCCAGAGCGGUGAGAGAAAAAAAUGCGAUACAAGCGGGAGAAAGAGAGGGAGAGAGAGUACAAAAUGAGAUUGCAGUGGUGCCGUGACCCGGAUUGACUUCAAGUUUAUCGCCCGGGCUUUUAGCUCGUUAGUCAGCAUGUUCGCCUUUCUUGCCAGAGCAGUGAGAGGAAAAAACGCGAUAGAACCGGGAGAAAGAGAGGGAGAGAGAGUACAAAGUGAGAUUGCAGUGGUGCCGUGACCCGGAUUGACUUCAAGUUUAUCGCCCGGGCUUUUAGCUCGUUAGUCAGCAUGUUCGCCUUUCUUGCCAGAGCAGUGAGAGAAAAAAAUGCGAUACAAGCGGGAGAAAGAGAGGGAGAGAGAGUACAAAGUGAGAUUGCAGUGGUGCCGUGACCCGGAUUGACUUCAAGUUUAUCGCCCGGGCUUUUAACUCGUUAGUCAGCAUGUUCGCCUUUCUUGCCAGAGCAGUGAGAGAAAAAAACACGAUACAACCGAGAGAAAGAGAGGACAAAGUGAGAUUGCAGUGGUGCCGUGACCCGGAUUGACUUCAAGUUUAUCGCCCGGGCUUUUAGCUCGUUAGUCAGCACGUUCGCCUUUCUUGCCAGAGCAGUGAGAGAGAAAAACGCGAUACAAGCGGGAGAAAGAGAGGGAGAGAGAGUACAAAGCGAGAUUGCAUCGGUGCCGUGACCCGGAUUGACUUCAAGAGCAAUGCUGGCCCUCCUGGGUUUUUAGCUCGGUAGUCAACACGCUGAGCACCACCAGGGUUCGAGUCCUCUGGCAGGGACCCGACCAGUUGCUAAUGUAAAUUAGCCUUUUUAGCUACACGCAUCUUCACAUUUGAGGCCUUCGUCACAUUUUAAAGUUUGUGUUUUUCCCCCGAAUCCCUCCAAUGUAUUUUCACUGCAAAGUGACGCUGGUCAAAUGAAUGCUUGUUUUUUUUUUUCUUUCUUUCUUCUGUUUUAUGGUGAAGUACAACAACACAGAAGCAUUCAUUUCCUACUUGUACGCUUUCAUGAAAAAAAAAAAAAGUAACCAGUGAAUGAAGACAUUGCAUUGCUCCUUCUGUGUUGUUUUGUUAUUAUGAUUUGAAUAUUAUCAUACAUCCCAGUGCAACACGCUACCUUAUCUGUUAUUUAUCUUUAGAAUGCAUGACACUCCAUAUACACAAUCAUUGUAUGUAACAUAAGCUUUAUCACACACUUUAUUUUGUACCUUUUUAUGCAUGUGGUUUGUAUCCAUUUAUUUUCUCCUUACUUCCUCUAUAAUCUUUUUUUUUUUCUUGAUGUUGCUGCAAAAUAAAGAUAAAUGAUAUUUUUUUC